CUUCCUCGUCAUAAAAUGGAAAAGACAUUUUAUUUCCUGAGUAACCACGCUGGUUAUGCGAAUAACAACAAAAGGCACGCGCGAAAGCACCGCAAUAGGCCGGUCAAUAAAUGUGGUGACGACGCGGCCCAGGCAUCCAUCUGGUACAAUCGGCAGUUUGUGGCCUGGAAGCAACGAGAUAGAGGAGCCAUGUUGUCCUUUGUGUUAAUUAUCUCUUCCAUUGUGAUCAUAAAUGGACAAUCUGUACCAUGCGGUGUACCAGUUGUUCCACCGUCUUUGAUCAACAAGCGAAUCGUCGGAGGCUCCGCCGCCGUGCAGGGUUCCUGGCCCUGGAUGGUGAUGAUCGCAGACGAUGCGAGUAUUAUCAGCGGCGCUGGAUCCAUUCUGGGACCCAGGGUGAUUAUGACGUCCGCGCAGGUUUUUAAAGGUGAUGGCUUCGACUAUCGAGCGGAAACGGAUAUCACCCAAUGGGCACUUUACACUGGAUCACAUAGUAUCAGCUCAACUGCAACCAACGAACAGAAUUUUACCAUCAAGUCCAUUAUGAUCCACGAAAACUACAACACAACUUCGCUGGCAAACGAUAUCGCGCUCAUCAUCACUGAUAAGGACAUUGUGUACAACGACCACACACGGCCUAUCUGCCUGCCUGCUAAAGGUCAUACUUACCACGUGGGCGACACCUGCUACGUCGCCGCAUGGGGAGACACCACGAACAUAAACGACGAGGUGCUGUUCCAGGCACCCAUGCCAAUUCUUGGGGACCAGGCCUGUCAGACCCGCUACCCAGACUAUAUAGUCGGCACGGAACUUUGUGCUGGUUACAUCGAUGGCAGAAAGGACUUUUGCGAUGAUGACAUUGGAGCUCCGCUGGUGUGCAAAGACGAUCAAAGUGGAGUGUGGUCUGCAAUAGGUAUCGCUUCUUCUGGUGGAAACUGUCGCACCGGCCAUAGCCCGGGCAUCUAUGAAGACGUGAGCAAGUACACGGCUUGGGUGCGAACCACAAUGGAGAACGCUGGCUUCCCGUACGCGUACUAGCACCGGUCGCUUGGUGGACACAUCGAAAGUUCAGCCUUUCAUUUCAAGCAUACCACUGACUCACGUUAACAGUGCGACUUCAUUGUUUCCUCUGUGAUGUGAAAUAAACAAUAGUGAUUUA